CCAGCUCUCCUGUGUUCUCAUUGUGUUUCGACUCCAUGCUCCAGAGGUUUUCUAUUGCAAGUAGCAUUAUAAUGGAGGCACUGCCCAGUGUGAAGAUGGCUUCCUACGAUCAGCUGGCCCACCAGGUGGAGGCGCUCCGUAAGGAGAACUCCCACCUGAGGAGGGAGCUGGAGGAUAACUCCAACCACCUGUCCAAACUGGAGACCGAGACCACCGGCAUGAAGGAGGUGUUGAAGCAGCUGCAGAGUAAACUGGAGCAGGAGGCAGGAACACUGGCUUCGUCCGGCAGGAGCGACGUGCUGGACCAACUCAAAGAGCUCCAUCUGGAUCUCACUAACUACUACGAACUGAAGCAUCAACCCCACAACCUGAGGCUUCUGAUGGGCGGUGUGGGGGGGGCAGGUGGGGGAGUGGAGGUGGACGACCGCCUGGAUCUGCCUCCUUCCUCCUGCUCCUCUUCCUCAGCGGUAAGCAAAGCCAGGAGUCCGCUCAGGGCGCUGUCCCGUCUGAGCCCAGGGUCCGGGGGCGAGGCCGCCAUGCUGCCGCAUCACUUCCUGGAGGGAGCGCCGCCCAAAACAGCUGUGAUCAGUGGAGCUGACGGACGGAUGAGCGACCACCACCAGGAGGAGCUGUACAAGGAGAGGAACCUCCUGCUGGGGGAGAUCGACCGCGAGGAGAGGGAGCGCUGCUGGUACUUCAGCCAGCUGGAGGCGCUGUCUCAGAGACUGGCUCAACUGCCCCGCAUCGACACAUUUUCUCUGCAGAUGGAUCUGAUCCGGCAGCAGCUGGAGUUUGAAGCUCAGCAGGUUCAGUCUUUGAUGGAGGAGCAUUUCGGCACCAGUGAUGAAGUGGUCCAGAGGACGCAGAUUCGUGUUGCUCGUCUGGAGCAGCUGGAGGAAGAGCUGCAGGAGGCCCGAGGCACUCAGGAGACCCAGCUACAGGUCAGACAUGCAGACAACACACAUCACACACACAAUACACAGACAGAGGCAUCACCACAACAGAAAUGCAAACACAUAACAGCAGACAGCAAAUAUAAAGGCUGAUUAAGGUUUCUUCCAACAAGUUGGACCGGGUCUCUUCUGUUCUAAGUCAGUCGGUGUUGACAGAUACAUUA